CACAGCCAAAGCUUUUUUUUUUACCAAAGCACACACUCACACACAACAAAACAAAACAAAGGACAAUCAGACAGACUAACAGAGCUGCCAUCCAUCUCUGCGAUCAAGCAUGGCUACCAUCACCUGUACCCGAUUCACUGAGGAAUACCAGCUCUUUGAGGAACUUGGAAAGGGAGCGUUUUCAGUGGUGCGCCGAUGUGUAAAAGUCCUCAUAGGGCAGGAGUAUGCUGCCAAGAUAAUCAACACCAAGAAGCUGUCUGCCAGGGAUCAUCAGAAGUUGGAUCGAGAGGCCAGGAUCUGCCGGUUAUUGAAACACCCCAAUAUAGUGCGCCUCCAUGACAGCAUCUCAGAAGAGGGCCACCAUUAUCUGAUAUUUGAUCUAGUGACAGGUGGGGAGCUCUUUGAGGACAUAGUGGCCCGUGAGUACUACAGCGAAGCUGACGCAAGUCACUGUAUUCAGCAGAUCCUGGAGGCCGUCUUGCACUGUCAUCAGAUGGGUGUUGUUCACAGAGACCUCAAGCCCGAGAAUCUCCUCCUCGCCUCAAAGUCCAAAGGAGCCGCGGUGAAGCUGGCCGACUUUGGCCUGGCUAUCGAAGUGGAGGGCGACCAGCAGGCGUGGUUUGGAUUUGCUGGGACACCUGGAUACCUGUCUCCUGAGGUCCUGAGGAAAGACCCAUAUGGCAAGGCUGUAGACCUGUGGGCGUGUGGUGUGAUAUUGUACAUCCUGCUCGUGGGCUACCCACCCUUCUGGGAUGAAGACCAACACCGGCUGUAUCAGCAGAUCAAAGCCGGCGCCUAUGAUUUCCCAUCACCCGAGUGGGAUACCGUAACCCCCGAAGCGAAGGACCUUAUUAACAAGAUGUUGACCAUCAACCCUGCCAAGCGCAUCACUGCCUCCGAGGCCCUCAAGCAUCCGUGGAUCUCGCACCGCUCUACCGUGGCCUCCUGCAUGCACAGACAGGAGACCGUGGAAUGCCUGAAGAAGUUCAACGCUCGCCGAAAGCUGAAGGGUGCAAUUCUCACCACGAUGUUGGCUACCCGCAACUUUUCAGGAGGCAAGACUGGCGCCGGCAAGAAGACGGAUGGCGUGAAGAAAAGGAAGUCCAGUUCCAGUGUCCAGCUGAUGGAAUCAUCAGAAAGCACUAACACCACCAUUGAGGAUGAGGACACUCGAGUGAGGAAGCAGGAGAUCAUCAAGGUGACGGAGCAGCUCAUCGAAGCCAUCAGCAAUGGGGACUUUGAGAGCUACACGAAGAUGUGUGAUCCCAGUGUCACCGCGUUCGAGCCAGAGGCUCUGGGAAACUUGGUGGAGGGCCUGGACUUCCACCGCUUCUACUUUGAGAACUUGUGGUCCAAGAACAGCAAGCCCGUGCACACCACCAUCCUCAACCCGCACAUCCACCUGAUCGGGGAGGAGGCCGCCUGCAUCGCCUACAUCCGCAUCACCCAGUACAUCGACACCAACGGCAUGCCGCGCACUGCCCAGUCUGAGGAGACUCGCAUCUGGCAUCGCCGGGACGGCAAGUGGCAGAUCGUCCACUUCCACCGCUCAGGGGCACCCUCCGCCAUCACCAAGUAAGCAGACGAGCCUCUCUGUGGGAGGGCCUGAAUGAGCCAUGACUUUCAUGACGCUGCUGAUUUGCUGGCUGUGUGUGUGGACCCCUGGAGAGAGGAGCCCACCUCACGAGACACAAGCCUGCCCCCCCCCGCCAACCCUCCAUCCCUCCAUCCGUCCACGCAUUGCAUACCUCCUGUCUGGCACUCGUUUACACAUGCUACCACUCCUGCUCAGCUCAGCUCGCACAGUGCAACCCCCUGUCUGUCUGCGUCUAGCUGUCUCAGUGACAAGUAUGUCUUUUUUUUUAAUUUUUACUUUUGUUUUUCACGGGAGAGAUUUCAUAAGGUGAAAUGUACUAGACGAGCUUUUUCUAGUUGUACGACAAGCUUUUUGAACGGCUGAAUCGCCAGUUGUGGUUGUGGAAAGCUGAAUUUAAAAUACUGUCUUCUGAAUGCAGAAACAAUGUGCAACAUUUUGUUACUUAGAGUAAAUAACUCCUCAGCAUGGGAAAAAAACUUUGAUAUUAUCAGUAGUAUUACUGCCAGUAAAGCUUUCUUCAGAUUAAAUAUCUCAUAAGUAUCCAGUGACAUUAGACAAAAAUUUUAAUGAAUGUAUUUUUUAAAUUUUACUAUAAAGUUGUUUUAUACUAUAGCUAACCCCUAAUAAGCUAAUAUAGUAUUUCUUCGUGGAAUUUCCACUGACACAAAACCUGAUAGGACCUAUAUAUACAACCACAGUAUUUAUCCUUGGGUCACUGCCAUUGUAACAUCAGACGGUCAGAACAGCCUUACAAAAAAAGAAGAAGAUUUUUAUCUCAGAGUAAUACAAGCCCUCUUGAUGUACCUCAGCCCUCACUGUAACUUCAUAGCUGUCUGAAAACAGUAUAUGGCAUAAAUGUGGGUCUAAGUCAUGGCACUUUGUUUUAGAUCUUCCAGUUUACCCAGCAUAGUGGUGAGCUCUUGCUGAAAGGGAAAGAGGAGGUUGAAGCCUCAUGGAGGUUAAAGUGAACAUGAUACCGGAUCCACAUUUAACUUCCUGAGUUCAACACUGCUCCCGGGGUUUUUGCAAUAAAGUCGUGCUUUUGUUCAGAGGACGUUUCAGUCGAUUUCAGUCAUCUCAAAUGUAGACUCUUCUGGAAAUGAUGUUUGAAAUUAUAUUGCCUAUUGCCUACUCGUGUUGCCUCAUUUUGGUAUUUGUAGUUCCAUCUUUCUAUAUUCAUACAAAUGUUGACCUUGUGUUUGUAGUUCCACAGUAUAUUGCAUGAAUGUGAAACAUUAUGGUCACACCCUAGGUUCUCAUUCUCUUGGUUGUGGACAAUAGAAAAUGUAGACGUUGACCAAGAUCUGAGAAAUAUAGUAUUUAUCUUUUUUUUCUUUGAAUGUAUGAGAAAAGCUAGGAGCCCACAGGAAAUAUUGUGUUUAUAAUUUACUCUAGGUUGUACAUUGAGCUGCAGUAUUUAACUAUUGUCCCCUCACUAGAAACAUGCUUUUAUUUGAAAUAAAACGUUGUGGAUUUGAAAUAACUUGCCACACUUGACACAUCAUGUAAUGUUGAAUCAAUGAAUGUCUUAGCUGAUCAUGAUACAAUUGCAAUCAACAAUGAAACAUGAAGCAAAUGACUACUAAAGAAUCCAACCCCACGUUUAAAGACUUGAAGUAAAGAUUGUAUACUUGUUUUUUAUCCUCAUGGUGAAAAUAGCUUCUGCCUCUGUAUAAUAUUGGAGCUUCCAGCAAAAAAGUCUCUGUGAUAUCAUUUCUAUUUGUAUGUCUUGCAGAGUCGGGCACAAUGAGUACCCACUCUAGAUACCUAGGUACCUCCUGUACUUUAAGAACAUGGUAUAUAACACACAUUUUGAUAUUUUACUCAAAGAAGUACUGUAUCUUUUUUUUUCGUUGAGGCAUGCAAUUUUUAUGUACUGAAGUUGAUCUUGUAUUGUAGGCUAAAAAUGUGUGUGUGGGUGUGUGCAUGUGUGUCUGUUUGGGUGUGUAGUUUUCUUUCACUGAGUUGAAACAAAGUCUUGUUUGAGAAAGGAUUUGUAGAUACAAACACUGCCUAAUAUACUGUGUAGGCAUACUCUUUUAUGGAGAUUUUGUGAUGAAUUUUGUGAUAAACUUAUGGCCUGAAAGUAAGACUUUUCUGUAUAAUUUCUUUUCAUUGAUUUUUUAAUUGAACAUAUAGCAAGAGUAGUUGAUAUUAAUCUCAAUGGGGCCAGUAUCAAUCAGCUAUCAGCUUCAGAAGCUACCUUUAUUUAGUUAGUUUAGUUGAGUUUAAAGCCUGUGAAUCAAAUGAAUGCUGAACUCCAGCAUUGUGGCUGAACUCCAACAAACUAUACACCUUAAACUGAGUUACUUUCUACAAGCGUUAUCUGUUAUCUGCUUUGCCCAUGUAGACAACCUGUGAACUUCCAUAGUUACACAUUAGGAACAGAACAUGUACCAAAAUGGCUUAUCACAAGCUGAAUGAUGUCAUUACAGCCCUUAAUGCCUAUGUGUGUGUGUGUGUCUGUGUGUCUGUAUGUCUGCUGUCUGUGUGUGUGUGUGUGUGUGUGUGUGUUUGGGGUCGGGUUGAAAGAAUAGGAGACACAAUGACUUUUGUGAGAAAUUGACUUUUUUAGUUUUAUUGAAAGGCCAAUUUAUGUGUGCAUGUGUGCGUGCCUGUGUUUGUGCGUUUGUGCAUUCGUGCGUGCAUUUGUGCAUUUCUGUGUGAGUGUGUGUGUGUGUGAGAGAGAGAGAGAGAGAGAUUGUGUGUGUGUUUGUGUGUAUGUGUGUGUAUGUGUGUAAGAGACUGCAUACUCCUGGUGAUGGGAGCAUGUGCUCUUUGCUUUCUGUCGAUGGCACUUCACAUUCUGUACGGCGAAGCAUGCUCCCUUUCCUAGCCAAAUCGGACUCUGGGCAUGACCCUGGCGCUCCGCAUUCACUACGCUUUCACACACUUUCACGUGUGACUGACCAUUGUAGAAAAUCUAGCUGGUGUGGCUUCCGUUUGUAUUUGUCAUAAUUUAGGAAUAUACAUAUAAUUAAAAUAUGUUUUUUUUGCCUGCUAUAUGAGCUGUAAACUUUGAUAUACUGUACAGAAAAAAAACACUUCUCUCUAUGUGAAGGAUCUCUGAGAUAACAAAUAACUCCUGAAUGUGUGACUCUCUCCUCAGGUCUUAGACGUGUGUUAUUUGAUACACUGCAUGACAAAAUGCUGCCUAUGGCUCUCGGUAUUAACCUAAAGAAUCUGUAUGGUUAAUGUACUGGUGUCCUGCUGUGUAAUGUUUGUGCUAGAUGUAAGUACAGUAUAUGAUAGGACUAGCCUCUUCCUCUUUGAUCAGUGAGUGUUCCUUAAAUGUUAACUUUCUUCGGAAUUAGGCAUCACUUCAGUGCUUCUAGAAUUAUUACUUUGGACUUGUUGACUUCUCAACUUUUCUCAGUCGAAUUUGAUUGACUUUUGUCAUUGUGCCGCCCGCCACAAUUCAAAGUGGAUCAUUUUGUUUUCUCUGCAUUUUCAGUCCUACUUCCUGUGUAGAGAGUUACACCAGUUCAGCUGGUGAUAUAUGUCCCAUGAUUGGUAAAGAGCGCAAAUCAGUUUAAAUAAAAGGUGGUUAGAAUA